CUUUGUGUGGUUGCAAGCGCAUUUGAACUCACUUGGGAACCACUUGUGUGUGCGCCUGGUUGACAAGUGACUUCUUGUUUUGGACAAUGUCUACGGUUCCUGUUUUCACGGGCGCAUGGGACACGCGCCUUCAUUUAACUGUCCUAAUUCUUCUCGUAACUCAUCCGAUCGCGCUAUGCGCAGCCAGAGGAAACCAUAUUAGUCCGCAUUACGGUGGUGUACAGACGAAUGAGAUUUCGGAGCUAGAGAAGCCAGUUGGAAGUGAUAGCCAUAUCCAGCCGACAAUUUCCAAGACACUGCACGGAGAUUUCCCUGUAGUAAAACAUCUAAAAGUAGAGGCAAGCGACUCACCAGCGUUGAAUAUUGCUGCCUUUAAUAACGGCUCAAAUGGAGCUAGCAGUGUGUUAUCUGCGCCGCAAUUGCCAUUUGAAGAGGAACUCAUCUCUUCAAGAAAUCAGCUGCAAGGAAACAAACGAACUGAUAGUGAGAUCAUCGCACAACAGCACAUCUCGACACUGACAUGGAGAGUACUCUUCACAACGUUGUGUUCUUGUAUGGUGCUGGCACAUGCCAAUGCGAUAUCCAAGAUACGUCCGGGAAUAAUUCACUUUGAUGACGACGAACCAUGGGUCUAUGAAUACAAUAUAACUGGUAUCAACUUUGGAGAAGUUGCCCUGCAUGAGGUGGGGCACGCGCUGGGGCUAUUACACUCACCAACAUUAGGGGCAGUUAUGUACCCAUUUUACGGGUUUCAAGAAAAAGAAAAUACCCUACAUUCGGACGAUGUGCAGAGAAUUCAAAGUAUAUACGGCGUACGGGAUGCCAGAACUCAUGCAGCAAGAGCAAUGAAUCGUCCGGAGAACUGCCCUAAUAAGUUCAAGCCGCCCAAAACGCCGGAGAUAAUUGUUCGCGGUUACAAAAGAAAUGCCUCAGUGGAAUAUUGCAAGACUGGGAUGAACUCUAUCACCAUCUCAAGGGACAACAUAUUUUAUAUUACCAAAGGAUCAAAAGUAUGGAUAACAGAAUGUGAACAAAGCUUCAACUCUGGUACAUGUAAUCCGCAAAGAAGGGGGCCUCUGAGUAUACAGCAAGCUUGGUCUUCGCUGCCAGCCUAUGUAGACCAUAUUGACGCGGGAGUUGAACGUUCGGAUAAAGCGAUAUACUUGUUCAGUGGGUCACGCUUUUGGCUACUGAACGCUUAUGGUAGCCUGAAGUACGGUGUGCCUCCAGCUGGUUUGCCGCUCUCAUACCUUGGCCUGCCGGAAACUCUGCGUCGCAUAGACACGGCAUUCACAUGGGGCAGAGACGGGAGAAUUUACUUAUUCUCGGAUCGUCGUUAUUGGAAGUUGGAAGAAUGGAUGGGACCAUUCGGGUGUGUAUCACUGCCAACGAGUGGCAACAAUACAGGGGAAAUGUGGCGCAGCCUGCCGUAUCCCAUUGGACCUGCAUUGACCCUACCGGACGGCAAAACCAUAUUCUUCCAUGGCGUUUAUUACCUCGUAUUUGACAACCAGAGAAUGGAAGCCAAGUCGGAAUGGGUGCAAAUCAACAGUUUACCUUUUCUUGGGUGUCCAUGAAAUGGAAUUGAGUCCACCCGAUCGUGACGGAAAAUUCCAAGCAUUAGUUUGCUAAAUUCCUACACACAGACGGAUGGGAGGAGGCACAGCAAGUUUAGUGAGCCACUUCAAUCUACUGAAGCUACAAACGCUCAUGUUUGGUAUAUGUGCAUCAAGUGUGUACGCUUCACUUUAUGCGGCAAAUUUAACUAAAAUAAAUCUUACCACUUAUUGUAUCAUUUGAAGGAGCACCAGAUCGCUAUGUUAGCUCAAAC